CAAGCACAAAGAAAAGCCUGAGAGAACUACACAAAAGCCCUCUUGCUUCAGUUGCCAUGGCCUCGGUCCAGUGCUUCAGGGAUGCCGAGGAAACCUACUACCAACAGAGCAACCAUGGCCAUCACAUGGAUCUUGCAAUGAACCACAGCCACACCCAGUGUUAUGGCCAGAGUGAGAAACACCAUCCAUCGGGCCAUGGCUACCUGGCUCAAGGCCAUGGUCACAACAGUGGCUACCUGGCUCAAGGCCAUGGUCACAACAGUGGCUACCUGGCUCAAGGCCAUGGUCACAACAGUGGCUUCCUGGCUCAAGGCCAUGGUCACAACAGUGGCUACCUGGCUCACGGCCAUGGUCACAACAGUGGGCAUGCCAUGGCCAAACCCCAUACUCCCUGCAUGGGCCAAAACAAUGGCCGUUUCCUUGGCCAACAUGCCCAGACUCACUGCAUUACUCAAGGUCAUGGCCCAGAGCACUCUUCUUUCCAUGGGAAGUCUAAGAUGAAGGGCGAAUACGAGAAGAAAGAGAAGAUCUUAAUCAGGAGGAAAUCCAAGGGAUACAGAUCUGGUGAUGACAGCUGCAGCAGCGAGAGCGAGAGCGACGACGACCACUGCUGAAAGGUGAAGAUAUAAAAGGCUUAAGGGAAGCAGCUGCUAGACAUCAUAUCAUGAGAAAGUUCCCUGUCAUCCUAUCCUAAAUAAAUAUGGAUAAUAAAGUGACGUGACUUAUUAAAGACACUUGAUGCAAAUCUUGCACCUAUAUGGUGUCUUGUACUAUGAAUGCUAAUGAAUAACUUUGCUUCCCAAAUCUCUCUUU